AUGUAUAAAAUGUUUGACGCCCAGGGACAAGUCAAAUUUCUGACUCGGUGUCGCCGCGGGCCAUCCUGUUUGCUGCCGAUGCUUAUUACAGUAUGCACAGGACUCGACAGCCGGCUAGUGAUGCGCAUUGUGGAAGGCCUCGCCAAUCGCGAAUCUCUCCCUGUCUCGACGCUCGGCGAUGCGAUCGCCUCAGAUCAGCAGGAUGGACUGACGCCAUCGAUGGGCGAUUUCGGAUGA